CAUACUUCAACAGCAAAACACUGGCAAUUUGCUGCUCCAGCCCUCUGUCACUGCAAAUAUUUGAAAAAUGAGUUCAGUAAGAUCAAGCAGUGUUUUGGCCUGAUAAUGUAAUUAAAACAUACCCUGUUUCAAAAUCCCCGUGGUACCAUCACUUACUCAUAUACUCAUAUAUUCUAGUCCAGUAAAGCUGCCCUUAAAUCUCGCCAGUUUGGUGGUCUGUCCAGGACAGGAAUAGCAUGGGGAGAGGAAAGAGGCGAGCACCUGUUAUUGGGGUGGCUGGCUUUCCCUAAGCGCUGAGAGACAAGCCACAGCCUGCUGCUCUGAAAUCUCCAUCGCUUUUUCCUAAAAAACAGUUGCUUUCCUUCCUGCGUUGGAAACACCCUUUUCAAGUGGCAGAGUCACAGGGGUGGGAAUCCACAGUACUGGAAUACUUGCCCUUAAAAAUGGCUUUAGCUACUGUAGCUACACUUCGCUGAUCUAUUUUGAACAUCCAGGUUAUUAAAAGGAGAAGUGACCUUUUCUCUGUCCACAUAUGUCGUCUUUUCUGGCUCCAGCACAAAUGUGACGUACCAGACCAGGCACCGUGCCUUUAAGAAUGCCAUUUCUUUGUCAGGCAACCAUCUGGUGAUUUACCUGUUGCUCUAUUAUAAGCUGUUUAACUGUUAAAAACUAAUUCAGUGAAAAGUUACGUUUUACUUUAGGGAAGUGGGGUUAAAUGGAUGUCUGUUCUUUCCAUGACGUGUGUUGUAAUGCCCCUAAAAGUGAAGAGUCACUCAUCUUACACUCCUUGAACCGCAGCGGAGCCCCUGGUGACAAAACUGAAGGAAACCUGCAUCCAGAGGGCAGACUUUGACAUCCUCGGGGUGAUCGGCAGAGGAACCUUCAGCGAGGUUGCGGUGGCGCGCCUGCGCAGAACACAGCAGGCGUAUGCUUUGAAGAUCAUGAACAAGUGGGAGAUACUGAAUCACGCAGAGACAGCAUGCUACCAGGAGGAGAGGGAGGUCCUAGUCAGAGGGGACCGGCGCUGGAUCACUGCGCUGCAUUACGCCUUUCAGGAUGACAACUACCUGUACCUCGCGAUGGACUACUGUGUGGGUGGUGAUCUUCUCACGCUCCUCGGUAAAUUUGGGGACCACAUUCCUGAGGAAAUGGCCCAGUUCUACCUGGCAGAGAUUGUGAUGGCCAUCGAUUCUGUCCACAAACUGGGCUAUGUGCACAGAGACAUUAAGCCUGACAACAUCCUAUUGACUGCAGAUGGCCACGUAAAGCUGGGGGACUUCGGCUCCUGUUUGAGGCUCCAGGAGGACGGCAUGGUGCAUUCCUCCCUGGCAGUGGGGACCCCGGACUACCUCUCCCCAGAGAUCCUCCGGGCGCUGGAGAGUAGGGAGGGGUACGGCCCCGAGUGUGACUGGUGGGCCCUGGGGAUCUGUGCCUUUGAGAUGCUGUUCGGCAGCACGCCAUUCUACGCCGAGUCCCUGCCUGAGACCUACGGCAAAAUCCUCCACUUCCAAGAGCACUUUGAGUUUCCGCCAUUGGCUGCUGCGGUGUCAGCUGAGGGCCGCUCCCUCAUCCAAGGCCUGAUCUGCGAGCCGCAGGAGCGCCUGGGAGCGGGGGGGGCCCUGGACUUCUGGGGCCAUCCCUUCUUUAGUGGUGUGCAUUGGGCCACCCUACACCACUGCACACCCCCUUACCAGCCUACGGUCUCCAACGGCACUGACACUUCCAACUUUGAUGUGGUGGAUGACUGCCUCAGCAGAAUGGAUACUUCCGCUGCAUCGCAUGCAAAUACUGAUUUAAAUCUAAAGCAAUGUAACGUGAACCAUCACAUGGAGGCUCUGAGUGGAAUGAGGGGCAGCCAACCCGCAGGGGCUCACCUGGCCUUCGUGGGAUACUCUUACAUGGCCACUGGGGAGACCAAGGACUGCAGCCGCGACACCGUGAUGAGUACAGACAAGCAGCAGAGCGGGGACAGUGAGGGUCUCAUUCGGGAUAACCUGCUCACAGAAAGCGUAUCGGAGGAGCUGCCGAAACCGUUUGAGCACCAUCUAGUGUUGAGUAAGGGCCCUGCAGGACAUGUGCACGGCGACGACACUGACCUGGAUGCUGCAAUGACUAUGGAGCUGCACAGACAGCUGCAAGAAGCAGAGCAGAGGAGCAGGGGGCUGGAGGAGGAGAUCAGGCAGCUACAAGGGGAGCUAGAGAGCCUAAGAGCCAGGCGGCUGACAGAGCUCAAUAUCCACGAGCCGCACCUCUUCCUGCCUGCCCACCGCCUGGAUGCUACAGGGGAUGGGAAGCUGGCGCCCCCUGCCUGCCAUUAUCCACUGGUCAUCCGUCUGCACAGACACCUGCUUCUGUUUCACAGGGUGUGGAGGCCAGGGGUCACCGGUGAGAGCUACCUGCUUGUGUGUGCAGCAGGGGUGGAGCUGCAGGCCUGGAGCCGCCAGCAGAGUGCAGAGCUGUCCUGAGUCCCCACUGCUGUUCCCAGGCACCCCGUCCAUCAAGUUGAAAUGGCCGACUACCUCACUAUGCCCCUCCCAGAUAUCAGGAACAGGCACUGGGGCCAGAAAGGAAAGCCACAUCACUCUGCCGAGAGCAGGACCAGGUUCUGAAGGUUCAUGUGUGUAUUGUAAAAAAGCGCCCCCUGGGGGCAGACUGGUGCAUUUCCACCACUCCUGUCUGCAGAAAUGAGAUCACGCAGCACAGGUCACACCACAGCGGACUGUCCUGGGCUGCCCAACUAUAACCGACUGACAAACUCAGGUUUUUGAAGCACACACCACCUCACACACAAUGUAGGCCUACACAGGAGGCAUACUCUGAAUUUUAAAAUUUGCCAGCUCAUUACACUGUGCAAUUACUGUCCCUUAAUCUAUAAAAAAAAAAAAGUCCAUGAUGAAAAAAUAAUUUUCAGAAGGGUCAGGAGUGCAGAUGGACGAGACUUAAACUGCAAUAAAAACAUCCAGAAGAAUGUUGCUGUAACGUAAAGACAUGUAAACUUUAUGUGAGUGAAUAACAGAAGGUAUUUGAUACACAUCUACAUCUUUGACAGCAAAGCCUACCGCUGAUGACUAAGAUCUCAGGUAUGUUCAUUCCCUGUGCGUUCAGUCAGGAUACUGGUACUAACCAGUGCUUCUGUGGACUUUCUGGUAUAACGAGAAAGUUACAUUAGCCUAGCUGUUAGUAGUGAGCACAGAGAACGCAUUUCUAAUGAAAACCUAAGGGAGGCAGUAUUCCCACACACCUCGGAACAAAGUGGGCUCACUGUAGUAUCUAACUAGCCAGGAAGAGAAACACCCAGGACUGUUGCUAAACAUAAAGCUCUACUGGGGCACAGGACCCCCCAUUACUCAAAUCACACCAUUUUUUCUCGCACGCCUGCCUCUUGUAUGAAAUGUGCUAUACGAUGUGCCAUUUGAACUUCCCUCACUUAGCCCACUAUUACUGCCACUGCCAUACUGGUGUCCAUCUACAGGAAUCAAUAAUGUUUCAGUCAAAUCAAAAUAAGAUCAUCGGUAUAUUUUAAAAUUUA